AAUUCAGAGGCAUUUCAUUCUAACACCCUGGAAGCCUAGGAGAGGGAUGACUAGGGAAGCUGAAUGAUGUUGGCCCCUUCUUUUAUUCUGUGGAAUGUGGGAAGCUCGGUAUAUACAUAUGGAUCUCUCUUCAUUAUUGCCCUCCUCAUUUGGCAUGUGAAAAGGAGCCACCGAGGAUUAAGGUUGGGAACUAUCAAGAGCUGUACCAAGUGUUUCCGAAGAAUCAAACAAAAGCCUAGUGACAGAAUGACAAGAGCUAAGAGAACAUCCAAGGAAGAAAGUGAGAAGCUGCAGAAGCUGCUCUCGAUCAUGAAAAGCCAGGGCUGGUUCCCUCAAGAAGGAAGUGUGCGGCGGCUCCUGUGCUCAGAUUCCUCUUGCCCAAUCUGCAAUGCCAUGUCUCUGGAAAUCCAGCAGUUGCUGGGGGUUGAGAACAAAAAGACCCCCUCCAGUCUACUGAGGCCUUCACAUAGCUUCUCUUGCCUGGAGGCCUUGUCUUCAUCCAAAGUGUCGUUGGACCAGAGUUCAGAGCUCAGUUCCCAACGCUCCAGAAACAUUUCAUUGCCAUCCAAGUUCACGUUGCCACAAUCAACAGCUCAGAAAUCUACUCUGUCGCCUGUUCCACCUGCUGGCGACUCUGUCCUCCAGUGUUACCAAUCUCCCCAGCAAAAGCAGGAGCCUAAAGGGAUAAAUGCCUUCCAGGAUGUAAGCAGUCUGUCAUCUUCAAGUACAGACGUGCCUGCGAACCAACAAAAGAAGAGGAAGAAAACCAAGAAACUUGUCCUGAAGAGCCAAGAAGCAGCACCCUCAGAAGCUGAAAUGGAAAACAAGAUGACGUUCUUUUCUCACUGGGUUAACCCUGAAGUGAAAUGCGACAGACCAGAAGAAACCAUUGCCUUCCCUAAGUCUGAGAUGGGAGCCAAACCGGAGACUGGAGAGCCCAAGAAGAAUUCUGUCAAAGUCCGAGUAGAGGGAUCCAACAUGGAGAAACCUGCCAAUGACCCGAAAGCCAAGCAUCUCCAUGCUAAGAGGAACGUUUGACUUUCCUUGACUCCCACAGUGCCUGCACAGCUCCAGCAACACCCCUUCAGCCCAACCAGCCCUGGGCCCCAUGGCUACUCCCACAACUGCUUCAAAACUGUCUACAACUAGUGUCAACCAGGUAGGAAAUCCGUGCCAGAUCUCCUCUCAGAAGGCCCUGGUUUACACAGAGGAUAAGCAUGUCAAGCAAAAAGAGUCCAUAGGCUCCCAAAGCUCUGCGUCCUCCCUGACAAAGGCUGUCAACCAUCAUUUCUACUCCCAAGCAAGUAUGCCAUGAUGUUCUCCAAAUAUACUGUAUACCUAUAAAGCAAAGAACUG